CACCCUUAAACAACUGUUUGACGCAGCAGCGCAAAACCGAAAGUAAAUGAAAGAAGCAGAACUUAAUAUUCGGUCUCGUUUCUUCCAGUGAAGGUUAACUUUCCCCCUAAGAGGCCACCGAGGAGCAGACAGGCCGCAGGAUGGUGGAUGUUGGUUCAGCGUCUGGGUGCAUGAAUUCAUCUGGAGGCCUCAGUGCGGCGAGCUGUGCGGAGCAGUUUCUAAUGUUCCAUCAUGGAUGAUCAUCUCUCCAUUGUCCUUUUGGGAAAAGUUGGAGUCGGCAAAAGUGCUUCAGCAAACACCAUUUUAGGACGAGAAGCGUUUGAAUCCAGAACAUCAUUUGGAAGAGUCACCAAACACGUCUCAAUGGAAACAGGAACGGUGUUUGGGAAAUCUGUUACAGUCAUUGACACCCCAGACAUAUCAGGAUCAGAGGAACAGAUUAAACACUUCUGUCAGUAUUUCCUCCAGGAGUCCAUCCCUACUCUUUUCCUACUGGUUUUUAAAAUUGAUCGGUUCACCGAUGAAGACCAGGAGACAGUAGAGGCAACAAAAAGAGUUAUUGGGCCUCAGAGGAUGAAAAACUGUUUCCUGCUCUUUACAGGUGGAGAUACAAUUACGUCAUUAUCAAACUACAUUUCAGACUAUAAAUCAAGUUUACUUCCAGAGGUAGUCAAAAGUUUUUCAUCAAGAACUCAUCUUUUCAACAAUAAAGAUGAGGGAUGGAGACAGGUCAGGGAGCUACUGUUGAAGUCUGGACACAUCACAAUAGGAACCGACCUGGAGACGGUUCUGGAGGAUCUGGGAUUGGAUCAGUUCUACAAGGAGAAACUGUCACUCAGCAAGAUACUGGAGAUCAAUGAGAAGACCAACAAUGAUGAGCCUCCAAAGUGUAAAUCUGAUCUUCCAUGGUAUUUUCUUAAGAAACUGAUGAUGGUGAAUGUAACAGUUAGAGAGAUAAAAUGCACAUCAACGUCUGAGUCCAACUGUGAUGAUUCAUCGAGUGAUGAUUUUGAUCUUGAUGAUCUUCUUGCUUGUCCAAAUAAGGAUGACUCCAUAAAUCCUCUUGAUUUAAUCACUGCCCUCUUUUUGUGUUCUGAUGGGUUUGUUCAUCAAGAACUGGCUCUAAAAAUGUCCAUGUGUCAGUUCUCUGUUCCUCUGCUGCUUCCUAACUGUGAUACACAGCAGUGCACCCUCAUGCUGUGGGCCAUGAGAGACAUUGUUAAGAAGUACAGACCUUCAAAUCUUUCAGAAUCAAAAGGCUUCAUAGAAGACAGAAUAGUUCUUUCUGAACUUCCAAUGAUCUCAUUUGUGAGACUGGGUGAGUGCUCUCUGUCCAAAUCAGAGAUCCUCAAUAAACUUUUGAGUAACUCUCAGCAAUACCAUGACACCUUUGUUCACCGUGACAUGGAGUCUGGAGACAUUCAGAGAAGAAUAUCCAAUGGACUGACUGAAAUGACCUGGUACCUUCCAUGUGGAAACAAAAACAUGGACAUCUUCAGUGAACCAGUUGCUAUAGCUAACCUUCGUGGAGACAUUGCUUCAUUUGAAACUCAAUUCUUCUUUUUGUGUCAGACAUCUGCUGCAGUUUUUGUUUUCAUCGAUCAGCUGGACUCUGAGUGUGAACAGCUGAUGAACAAAAACCACAAAGCAAAGAUCUUCUUGGUGGGAAACCAACAGAACAAAAACUUCAGAUUUGAUUCUGUUAAAAAAAAUGGCAACCAGUCUGGCCUUGACUAAAAAUAAUAUUCUAAUAAAGACAAAACAAACAAAUGAUGCAGAUUUUGUUAAACUACUGAGGAAAAGAGUCAGUGAUGUAAUUAAUAACUCACAGUUGA